AUGAGCGUCAUUCUUUGUACAGCUGGUUAUGACCAUACCAUCCGUUUUUGGGAAGCUCUUUCCGGUAUCUGCUCCCGUACAAUACAACACUCUGAUUCACAAGUCAACCGACUCUGUAUUUCUCCUGACAAGAAGUUCUUAGCUGCUGCUGGUCACCAUACAGUUAAACUGUACAAUAUAUUAUCGACAAAUCCAAACCCAGUAUUGGCCUUUGAGGGUCAUUGUGGAAAUGUGACCGGUAUCGCAUUUCACUGUGAAGGUAAGUGGAUGGUCACAAGCUCCGAAGAUGGAUUUGUCAAAAUUUGGGAGACGAGAAGCGGCGCCGUUCAACGUAGCUACAACCAUGGCUAUCCUGUAACUGAUGUUGUUAUCCACCCUAAUCAGGGUGAAAUAAUUAGCUGUGAUAGAGGUGGAAGUGUCAGGAUCUGGGACCUAGCUGAGAACAGCUGCUCCCACCAACUAAUCCCAGAGGAGGAUAUACCAGUAGCCAGCGUCACUAUUUCAAAUGAUGGGACAACGCUAUGCGCAGGAACCAACUCUGGCAACGUUUAUGUCUGGCACCUGGUGUUAUACCAAGAAAAGACCUCUCUCAUUCCCAUUACCCAUUUCAACGCACACAAUAACUAUAUAACACGCGUUCUUCUAUCUCCAGAUGUGAAGCAUCUUGCGACUUGUUCUGCAGACCAUACUGCCAAGAUCUGGGAAGUGAAGGAUCCGGAAGCUGUAUUGCCCAUCUCAGAUCAAUCAACGGACCUAAAAAAUCCGAAACCAUUCAAGCUUGAAAGUACUCUCACUGGACAUCAGCGCUGGGUAUGGGAUUGUGCAUUUAGUGCCGACUCUGCUUAUCUUGUGACUGCUUGUUCAGAUCACUACGCAAGACUCUGGGAACUACAAAGCGAGCAGAUUAUCAGACAAUAUAAUGGGCAUCACCGUGGCUUAGUCUGUGUAGCCCUGAACGAUUACUCGGAGGCUCGUUAG